AAGUUGGUGCAUCCUUUUGACAAGCCAUUCAACCAGGAAACAGGCGCCAACGUGUUCCAGUGGUUUGAUUUCAAGCAGGAGCGCACAGACAUCAAGCAGUUGUGUUCCCAGUCAUUGAAGAUUUUCGAGAACGCCCGGUCAAGCUCCAGCAGCGACUUGUGGCAGUUACAGAUCAUUAUCUCAGAUGGUGUUUGCGAGGAUCACGCUACGGUGCAACGAUUGGUGAGAAAGGCCAGGGAAGAGAAGGUGAUGCUUGUGUUUGUGGUUGUUGAUGGAAUCACGUCCAACGAGUCUAUCUUGGAUAUGUCCCAGGUGAGCUACGUGCCGGACCCGGUGACGGGCACCAUGUCGCUCAAGGUGGAAAACUACUUGGACACUUUCCCCUUCGAGUUCUACGUCGUGGUGAGAAACAUCAACGAGCUUCCGGAGAUGCUCUCCUUGAUUUUGAGACAGUAUUUCUCGGAGGUGGCAAAC